AUGAUAGAGUCAGCCCGCGUGGAGGUGACCCCAGGCAUCAAGUACCUGGGGCUCCACCUGGAUGGCCGGUGGGACUUCACCUCUCAUUUUGAGAGGCUGAGUCCCAAGUUGGGGAGAGUCGCGGCUGCAUUGUGCAGCCUCCUCCCCAACAUCGGUGGUCCGGACAACCGAGUUCGCAGGCUGUAUGCGAACACCGUCACGUCCAUUGCCCUAUACGGGCCGCCAGUUUGGGCGGAAAGGACGGGGGCCAAGCGGCGCAUCGUGCAAAUUUUGCACGGUGCGCAGCGAUUAAUGGCCACCCGCCUAGUCAAGGCGUACAGGACGGUGUCGCAUGCAGCCGUCACGGCCCUGGCCGGCAUGAUACCGGCGGAGCUCCUGGCGAGGUUGUACGCCGAAACGUACAACAGGGUCGCGGAGCUCCGUCGGCGAGAGGGAGACCAUCUGGUUACGGCCAGGGACGUGCAGAGGAUACGCGACUCGGCCCGGCGUAGGGCCCUCCGGCGAUGGCAAAGAUCGCUGGGGGCCCCGAACAUGCCGGGAAUCCGGACCAUCGCGGCCAUCCGUCCCUGCCUGCUGCAAUGGGUGGGCAGGGCACAUGGCGGGCUGUCAUAUCACAUGACACAGGUGUUGACCGGGCACGGCUGCUUCGGUCGAUACCUGCGUCGAAUAGGCAAGGAGCGCACGGCACAAUUCCACCACUGCGCGGCUGGUGAAGACUCUGCGGAGCACACGCUACAGGAGUGCCCAGCGUGGGCUCAGGAACGCGGAGUCCUCACCACAGUGGUUGGCCAGGAUCUCCGGCUCCCGAGCAUCAUACCAAAGAUGCUCGAGAGCCGGGAAGCAUGGGAGGCGGUGGCCUCCUUCUGUCGCGACGUCAUGUCGCAGAAGGAGGCCGCCGAACGUAGUACCCAGAGCUCGGCGGACACCGAUCCCACCGCUGCCAUCAAAUUUGUCGCGUCCUUUGUUGCUGGGCGCAAGCGAGAAAGUUUGAGAUCGAUGUUGCGGGCGCGGCAGGUAUGCGCGAGAUGCGCGACAGCUGUAUUGCUGAACUAG